CAYUGAGGAAAGAACGAAUAGAAUUAUGAAAUAAUGCUCGUACGGUACUGUCGUCGAAUAUUUGAUGCGAAUACGAUCGAUCUCCGCCUCGACGCAUCUCUCGUUCUCCUCUUCGGGAUUGAUUCCUUCGUUCAAUCGGUUGUCAACGCUACACAAACUCUAGACGGUUCGAAAGGGCUUGUCGCGYGGAGCAAUACGACCUAAUCUAACAUUAGAGAACAUCACAAUCUACCGACAUCGAACAACAGCGAAGCCAUAGCUCAGCGUCUGGAGCUACUUGAGAAUUGCAUCGAAGAGCAGAAUACUGUUGUUGCUGUCGAAUCGUAGCCUUGUUCUACAACCCAGCAUUUCGGUCAAGGUGGAGGAGUUGACACCACAAAGUCACAUCAGCAAGCGAAGACUARUCUUCCUUUUCUUUGCACGAAAACGUAGUCAAACUCGCGGCAUUCAAUUUCAUAGCAACGCAGAAAGCUUCUCAGCAAUAGAAAACAAGCACCCAUAGACAUGACAAACAUAAACCUCGUUUCGCAAUCUAGGGCCACGGGGGAUCAAGGGAGUUCCAGAAGAAACAAUGCGAUGGAUCCUCAAAAUCGAUCCAGUAUCACCAUGUUGGUGCUUGGCGAUGGUGCGUAUUCUGUUCUAUGGGAAGUUGUGUUGUAUUGCUCCGUCGUUCUAUUGGGAAGAGAAAAGGAAUGAAUUCCAUCAUYCUUGUUGGCACAACGUAAAUUUUGGUUUCUAUUGCUGCGUUUCCGUUUGGUGAACGAACGCCGUUGAUUUGGUCUUUGGCAAUCCGUCUUCAUCGUUUCCAUCUUCAACAAACUCUUCGACUUACCACGUGUAUUCCGUUUUGUUCUGUGUGCGACUUUCUUUGAUCGUUCAAAAAUGCAGAGGGUGUAGGCAAGUCMUCUCUCAUUUCCACCUUUGUAUCGAGGCAUUUCUCGGAAGUGGUCCCCGGAAUCAUGACACGCGUACGAUUGCCACCCGAUCCAGAAAAUUCAUGCAUCACGACGAUCGUGGAUUCGCAGAGAGGAGAUGCGGCCUUGAUAUCGGCAGUAGCCAAUAUGGCUACGRCAGGUGCAACCGGGACGGCAUCGGUGGCAUCGCCCACAACGACCGCUGCGUCGGCAAUCGAUGGCGGCAAUGGUGUAGAUGGUGGCGAACGAGGSGCACUGGACAAUCUCACYAUUGCAAGCAGCCCGUCCGCGAGCAUGUCGAUGGCUACAACACCGGGAUCGGCUUUUCUUCGUCACAACAACUUUAACAGCAACACAUCGUUGUCAUCCUUGCGUUCGUUUUCGGCCUCGGCUCGCUCCGGUGGUAUGGGUGGAAUCGAGAAUGUGGAUUCUAUCAUUUUGAUUUACGAUCUGGAUCGCGACGAAACUUUUUUCCGGCUGGAGAAUCACUGGUUGCCUCUGAUCGAACGAUGUUACAAUGGCGAGGUAAGUUUCUUUUCCAUGUUUGAAGUCCAACGUCUGUACUUUGAGACUUUUGAGAAUUAGCUUCUAACGAUUGCAUGGAUUCGGAUGAUCUGCUCGCCAAUGAACUAAACUGCGUUGCCUUAAGUUACCGGUUAUUGUUGCCGGAAACAAGAUGGAUCUCUUCCUGCCUUCGAGUGCGGCGGGUGUCACAGACGAACAAGUUCUGGCCAGAUCUCGACAGCAGAUUGUCUCUCUAAUGCAGCGAUUUCGRUUCAUCCGACAAUGCAUCAAGUGCAGUGCAAAAAAUCUUUUGAGAGUCGAUGAGGUUUUCCUCAAGGCGCAGCAAGCAGUAUUGUAUCCCUUUACACCAUUGUACGACCUGGAURUUGGCAAGCUAUCGGAAGAUUGUCAGCGCGCUUUUACGAGAAUUUUCCGGAUGUACGACCGGGACCACGAUGGUUUGUUGAGCCAUUCCGAGUUGGAUAGAUUCCAACACGAAACUUUUCAUGUUCCAGUAUACGAAAGGGAUUUGACGGGCUGGAAGAAAGUGGUCAGCCGCAACAACCCUAACGAGGAAGUAGUUCGCGACGGAAAAUUUACCGUCGCUGGAUUCUUAGCCAUAUUCGAUGUCUUCAUAAGUCAAAACCGACUUGAUGUGCCAUGGCAAGCACUACGAACCUUUGGAUAUGACGACAAUCUGAAGCUGCAGGUGCCAGAACGUGUAUACAUUGGUCCAGAAGAUGCUUCGUGGAGUCUCACGCAGUCUGCAAGAAGGUUUCUCUCGGAUCUAUUCCAUCAGUUCGAUUCGGACCACGACGGCGUUCUCUCGUUGGAUGAUAUGGAUGCGAUAUUUUCUAUCAUUCCCGAACCUUCGUUACCUCCAUGGCAUCCUAUUCGAUCGAGAAAGUUAUUCGGAGAUUCGUUUAGUCUACCCAUGAUGCCGUACUCUGAAUUACCUACGUCAGAAAGCACGGAAAGCACAUCGUCACAUYUUGGUAUUUCUCAAUGUCUUUCUACGAGUGGGAUAACUAUAAUCAGCAACGAAACGUUUCCAUCCGUGGACAUCUCGUCCAUUGACAGGGCGACCCUUGUUUCAACACCGCUAACUUUUUUGGAUUKKAUGGGUCUAUGGCAUGCAAUUUCCGUUAUUUCUCCCGAACAAACCCGUGCGGAACUUUUUCGACUCGGUCAUAACGAAGAUCUGAAAACAAAUAGACGAGGGCGCGGAAGGAGAAAGUCUGUUUCACCACUUCGUGAUUCAACUCCAGAUUCCAYRCUGCCAUCUCGGGAAUUACGACUGUUACUCCUUGGCAGCCCUAGUAGUGGAAAAACGGCUCUCAUCAACUCUCUGUGUGGAUGCAGAACSAAAGACCCACUGAAAACGAGCAAGACCGCGACUCCUGAAACUACAAAUACCUUUGUUCGCAUGAAGAGAAGGAAAUACAAAAAAUCCAGUAAGGGAGAGGGAUACGAAACGAUUGUUGUCCAUUUGAUUAUUACUGAGGUUCCCGAAGUCGAGGCGGAAAAUAGGGCAAUGCAGCAGAAACAGGUAUUUAAGAUGUUGUCUGAUGGAGGCUGUGAUCUAGUUGUUUUAGCUUUUGAUUCGACGAAYAGCGCGAGCUUGGCAUAUGCAAAACACCUKGAAAGCUCUCUGUUAACGGAGGAUCUCGCCAGAGUGUACGUUGCCACGAAGUCGGAUCAGUGCGGACCUGCAGAGGAUCACGACGACCCGGAAGACGACGAGUGGCAACCGAAAACGGUGAUUGACGAGGCAGCGAUGCACUGCCGAGAGCUUGACAUAGAACCCCCUCUGAUUACCUCGGCUACGGAGAGCAUGCUUGGUGCUGCCGACGAAUCGGGCGAACAAAAUCGUUCGCAAGCGCUCGGWCACCUUGCUCGCUGCUCCUUGAAGGAGCAAGGGAUCGACCCGUUGCGAGCUAAGCCGCACGAAGAACAAAAGCGCCGAGAAGCAUCGAAACGAAGAAACAGAAAAAUGAUAUGGUUUGGUGUAGGCGUCGGUGUGGCUGCAGCUGUUGUUGGUUAUUUGUGGACCGGUGCAUCCGGUGGCAAGGGGACACCAUCUACDAACACAGAUGGAGAUCGCAAGGGAGGUGGGACUUUUGGAUGGUUUCGCAGCUUUUUUGCCAGAGCAGAGUCUGCAAGUUGACUGCAYUGUUUAAUYAGAGAGUUUGAUGGACGAUCGAUUUUACCAUUCGAUGGCUUUUAAAUUUUUGAUGCUGCUGCGGAUGUUCAGGCGCAGACAAUGAUAUCUUUAAAUACUAAAAAGGAAAAUUGAAAUUAGUAUCUGMAUGAUAAGSGCAAUGARUAGGACUGUUUAGUGAUUAGUAGGAAAAAUUGUUUUAUUCGUUAAAAUAAAUAAUUAGCAAGCCACGGCUCUCGGCGAGGAGUAAAUACACGAAGAAGCAGUCUUGGUCAACGAAGGGUCGCCACUGCGUUGUUUCAAAUCAUGACUGACGCUGCURCUGCUAAGCCCGCAGCAUCGCUGCAUGAGCAAAGCACUCGACCAGUUGUUUAAGCCUUCCUCACAAGACGAAACAAUUCGUAAAAGCGCCUCGCUGAUAUAGCAAAUGGCAACAUCCACCAAACCGUCAGCGUUGAUGUCCAGUUUCUCUUUCAGCACGUUCAUGGACUCCAUACCUGAGGAAUCGAUGUYGAGACUCUCCAAGGCAUUUCGAAGUGCUGCAAAUGCGACGUGAGACGGUCGGUGCAAGCAACUGAGUUCGUAAUCGCUCGCGGUAUCUUUGAUUUGGCAAUGGAUCAAUUCGAUGAUUCGUUCCUCCGUUGUACCGCAACUGGCGGCAGUUUCGCAACUGUAGGCGGAACAGGACGAAUCGUCGUUGCUCUCUGCCUCACCCAUGGAACCGCCGCAGCUUUGGUCGUUUUCGUGGUYGGGACACAAGCCGAGAUGCUUCACAAAUUCGUGUGCAAAGGCCAUGGGUGUCGGUGGGGUGACGCACCAAUCYAGGGCCAUCAAAAUCUCGAGUUCCAUGCGUUCGAUGUCGGCUUUASARUAUUUUCCCCGGGAAAGCUUCGCCAUGGACGACGGUUCUAGUGCCUGGCUUUCCAGGACCUUGGUCAUCAGAUACAGUGAGGCCAUGACUACCAAUUGGUAGUCGUUGCGAUCGAAGAGUAUCCUUGAACCUUGGGGCGUGGCAACGAACCGAUCGACGCAAGACAUGACUGACGCCAUCGUGUAGCGAUCGUAGUUGCAAAAGUUGCACAGGCUGACGCACCACUUGGCCAUGAUGCUCCUGCACGCGGGAUCCACCGGGAUSCUUCCGCUGUGGUCCGAAACAGCAGGGUUGCUGUCGGGACACGGCGCGACGGGAUGGGACCGGGCGAAGUAAUCGUGUUGCGCAUAAGUCGUUCUUUCUUUGUGCAGCAUGACCUCGAGCACGGUGGAAGGCGUUUCCCAGGACGUCAUGUCCGCGUCGAUGUCCAUUUCGUGUCUCAGCUCUGUCUGGUUGGUAUCAGAUCUUGGACCGAKCAUUGUGCCGGGCUUUCCAAUUUGCGUUUGGCGGUGGCGUUUGAAUGAUAUGAGUUAUGAAAGCUCGCGAGAACCGUAUUUUGUUUGUGUAGAGGUAUCAAUGCUGCAUCCGUCCAAGAGACGGUUUCGAGACACAGGUUUUAUUGUCGUAAACUAUAAUUUGGAGCAAACCRGGUCAGGAGCCGCUUGUUGGCGAUUAUGACUCUGGUUUGUAUCUGCGAUGAACAACAAAAUAUUAUGCGGCAACGAAGAUACCCAUUCCUGAACUAUGCCAGAGUAAUCUAAUUUUCAAGUGUACCUCAACGACUGGGGUUCCGAAUACAGUGUUACUASUGCU